GCCAAUAGGAGCGCGCCCUAAAACUUCGCACCCAUCCUCCGAGAUUGUGUCGUCACAAAAAUCUCCGUGUCCGUCGGAAGUUGCUCAGUGCGCGGAGUUCGGCAGUGAGCGUGAUCAUCUGGUCCUUCUCGAAACGUUGCAGGCGAUAAACUUCACCAGCUUCAGCGAUGCCAUCAGUUCCCUCCUCCAAAGAGGCCGCGACGGGCCCCGUGUGCCCUCACUUGGCCAAGAUGCAUAACCAUGCCAACGGGCAAGCCAAAGUGCUGGACAGUUCGGUCCCGUUGAUUUCAGUCGACAAGGCCACAGUGGGGGACCGAGAGGAGGCGAACAGAACCAUUCAGAUCAACACUAAGAACACCUCUCCGGAGAGGAAGUGGAUCCGGCCCGAUCUUCCGAGCCGCUGCACAUGGAGCCUGGAGGCCUCGAGCGCAGACUCCCCCCACAUGCAGGUUCCAAGACAAUCGCGCCAGGCCAUUCUUCCAAACAUUUUGCACAUGAUUGGAGACACUCCCCUGGUUCACAUCAACAAGAUCCCCAAAGAAUUUGGACUCAAAUGUGAAAUAUUGGCCAAGUGUGAGUUCUUCAACGCUGGCGGCAGCGUCAAAGACAGGAUCAGCCUGCGGAUGGUGGAAGACGCUGAGAGAGCUGGAGUCCUCAAGCCCGGAGACACCAUCAUAGAGCCCACCUCUGGAAACACGGGUAUUGGACUGGCUCUGGCUGCAGCGGUUAAAGGCUACCGCUGCAUUAUAGUCAUGCCGGAGAAAAUGAGCAUGGAGAAGGUGGACGUCUUGAAGGCUCUCGGAGCAGAGAUCGUCCGCACGCCCACAAGCGCUCGUUUCGAUUCGCCAGAGUCUCACGUGGGCGUGGCCUGGCGCCUCAAGAACGAGAUCCCAAACUCGCACAUCCUGGACCAGUAUCGUAACCCCAGCAAUCCUUUGGCCCACUAUGACACCACAGCUGAAGAGAUCCUGGAGCAGUGUGGUGGGAAGCUGGACAUGCUGGUUGCUGGAGCUGGAACCGGUGGAACCAUCACAGGUAUCGCCCGCAAACUGAAGGAAAAAUGCCCCAAUAUCAAAAUUGUUGGGGUUGACCCAGAGGGCUCCAUCCUGGCUGAGCCUGAGGAGCUUAACAAGACCGAUAAGACCCAGUACGAGGUAGAGGGCAUCGGGUACGACUUCAUCCCCACUGUGCUCGACAGAUCCGUGAUUGACAGCUGGUACAAAUCUAAUGAUGAGGAGUCCUUCAACAUGUCUCGUAUGCUGAUCAGAGAUGAAGGCCUGCUGUGCGGAGGAAGCUCUGGGACGGCCAUGGCAGCAGCGGUGCAUGCUGCCAAAGAGUUGAAGGAGGGCCAGCGCUGCGUGGUCAUCCUGCCCGACUCCAUCCGCAACUACAUGUCCAAGUUCCUCAGUGACAAGUGGAUGGUUGAGAAGGGCUUUCUGAGAGAGGAGGACCUCAUGGUGACAAAGCCAUGGUGGUGGAACUGGAAGCUGCAGAGUUUGAAUCUGUCGGCUCCCCUCACGGUGCUACCAACGGUCAGCUGUCAGAAAACCAUAAAGAUCCUCAAGGAGAAGGGCUUUGACCAGGCACCUGUUGUGGAUGAGGCUGGAUUGAUCCUGGGCAUGGUGACACUGGGGAACAUGUUGGCCUCCAUCCUGGCAGGGAAGAUCAAAGUGUCAGACCCUGUGAGCAAAGUGCUCUACAAGCAGUUCAAACAGAUCCGUUUGAAUGAUAACUUGGGGAAGUUAUCCCGCAUCCUGGAGACCGACCACUUUGCCCUGGUGGUGCAUGAACAGAUUCAGUAUUUGUCAGACGGCUCUUCCAGUCUGAGGCAGAUGGUGUUCGGCGUGGUGACGGCCGUUGACCUGCUCAACUUCGUCACAGGGCGGGAUAGGAAAGAGCGGUCCAUGUCGGAGUCCAAUGCUGAAAUGUGACUGGCAGACUGAAAAACGCUAUACGCACAAAGUACGAGUCUUGCAUAGCAAACAUAAUGACGAGUUUAGUAGAUCGUCUCUCAAAGAUGGCACAUAAUUAUGUUUUUUUUUUUUUUUUUAUGUUUGAACAAGAGUCUUAAGGCGAUUACUUGACUACUUUGAAUCAUACUUGAUUUUUUGGAAUGGUUGAUAUAAGAUUGUAGAAAGCAAUCACAAUUUUGUAGAAUUGUUUUUUAUAUAUAUAUUGUUAGUCCAGUGUAGAAAAUAAUUGUUUCACUGUGGUCUUGGCUGAAUUUUAUAGAAUCGUACAAAAGCCACACCCAGUUUACCAUUUCAUCUUUUAUUCCUUUCUGUAUAUAAGCUUAUUACGUUGUCUUAUAUCAGUGUUGCUGCUUUUGAAUGGUGUGGGGUAUAAUAGCCUAAACAUUCAUGUGCUAUAUUCCCUUCCCUGUUUCAGCAUAGUGCCUGUGAUGUACCUGGAAAAAAUGUCUUGAGUAUUAAACUGCCACUGUGUGUGGAUGAGAUGUUUUAUAUUGAUGAUUAUGAUUCAAUUACUGUAUAAUUAAAUAAAAAGUAUAGAAACUGUUA